UCUCGCGCUCAUGCUACGGUACGCCAUUUGUGUCUAGCAACAAAAAGCGCGGACAGUGGCGAUAUUUGGACAAUCAAAGGUUAUUCAUCCAUCGUCAACUCAAGUUUUCAAUUUUAUGUAAAUGAAGCAAGAUAAUACAUAGAUCAGAAACGACUUUCGAACAGCGGGCUCCUUUGGACAGAAUGCCAAAAAGGGGAUGCCCAGUUGUCGUGCACAUGGAUGAUGUACAAGCGAAGUCACCCAGUAGGGCUAUGACACCUGAAAAACAGGAUGGGGGACCUACUCAACGGCUGCAGGCAGACACUGUGACUGAAGAUGUGAAUACUCGUUGCUCAGUUUGUGACUUCUCAGCAAAAUGCCCAAGAUCGCUGAAGAUUCACUAUGCACGGAAACAUAAAAAGAGCACAAAUAAAGCUGCUGAACCUCUUGAGGACAGGCAAACCAUUUCUGAUGAUUGUACACGUGAAGUUCAAAAAGAAAUUGACAUGGAGACAGAAUGUCCUGUUGAGUCAAAUCCAGGGUUAGGGCCAGAUGAUCCAAGAUCUGCUUCUCUCGACAAUGAUGGUGGUAACUUUGCAAUAUCAGACAAGCAGGCAAAACAAGAGCAGGGAAUAUCCAGUCAAGAGAGAAGAGUGAGCAAACGAACCCCCAAACCCAAGAUAAUCUACUCAUGUAACUUCUGUGGCCUUGAGUUUCGGGACAAAUCUCCUCUCGAUGUACAUAUACAGCGAUACCACAGUAAAGACAGCCCACGCACUGUUGAUGCAGACGUGUACAUGGAUGAAGAGGACGCUGAGACCACUGAAAGUGCUUUCAAGAUAACCCCUGCACAAGGGGAGCCAAAACGUACAGGGAGCAGAUUGAAGCUGAAUUGUGCAAACUGCGAUUUCAAGGUUUUCACAGUUUCGUUGCUGGAGAGCCACGCUCGUGUCAAGCACCCGGGCCUGGAUUGGUACCGCUGCAAAUUGUGUAACUUCUUUUCCGCUACAUCUGAAUGGAUGGACAAACACCUGUGCUCAGAUACUCACAAGCAACAUAUGAGCAGGCAUAAUAGUGCUUCUCAUUCCUCCUAUGUUGAGAGAGUAGCCAAAGGAGAUGGGGGUGAAGACGGCAUAGCUGGUGUGGCUCAGGAAAUUAAAGAGGCAAUGGAGGCUGCUAAAGUUGUAGUGGAUGAGGAAGACUUGGAAUCAGAGCCUCCAAAACCUAAAAGAGUGAGACCAAAACAAGCAUCUUCAACCAAAUGUGGUUAUUGCGGCUUGGUGGUGUCUAAUGCUACCAACCUCGGUGUCCAUGUCCGCCGUAAACACAGCAAAGAGUAUGUAUACAGGUGUACUCUGUGCUGCUAUAGCUGUGUUACCAAAGGAGACAUUGAUCGCCAUUGUAUCACUAAGAAACACAGGAAACGUGUGCAACAAUGUGAAAAUAGCAGCCCUGUCAAAAAUCUUGCAGGCCCUUUACCCCAGGAACCCACAGAUACACAAUCCCAGGAACCAAAAGAAGCUUCUUUUACCAGAAACAUGGAGCAGGAAUCACAAGGCUCCAAAAAACACAGUGAUGAAGAGCAAACACUGUCAUACACAUGCUCAGUAGAAGGUGAAUAUGACUCUGUUGCUUGCAGUCACUGCAAUUUUAUAGCUCACUCAGUCCCCUCCCUCGAUCUUCAUGUGAAACGAAAGCACACAAGAGACUUCGAAUAUGUCUGUUUGGCAUGCAGAUACUAUGCUGUAACAACCGGCGAAAUGUCUCGCCAUGCCAGUACAGAGAGACACAAGCAGAAAAGCCUGAAAUUCCAGGCACUACAAGGGAAUGGUGGCCAAAAAUCUUUGCAGUCCCCGGCUGGACUCAGUGAGGUUAUUGAUCUUAGCGGUGCAACAGUUCAUGUUGAGUCUGAACCUUUAAGCCUUUCAGAUGAGCUAAAGCUAAGUUCAGAAGAAAGCCAAAAAGAAAAAAAUCAGUACGCGGUGACACCUUCUGUUCCUGUUGAGCCUGUUGAUGCUGUGGGGAUGUUAGCUGACAAAGCAAAGGAGAAGAAACCAGAGAGCAUUGCAUCUUCCUCUGGUGAUGCUCAAGAUGUGACGCACUUUACAGUAGAGCAAACAGCAGAGGCUGCGAAUAUGCCCCAAGCAGAACUUGAAGUGGUACAGUCUUCACAGCAAGAAAUUCAAGAAAAAGAUGACAAAUUCAUGGAAGGGACAAGUGCAGAAAAAAGUUCGAAUUCAGUUCCAAGAAUGUCUACUGCCCGACCUUUUGAUACCUGCAUUGUGUCCGUAAAGGCCCUCCCUAAGCAGGAGCAGGCAUCGCUGGAGGGCGUUGCACUCGAGGGUGAGGUUGUUGUUAAAGGCUUGACAGGAGAAGCACCAGUACCGUCUGGACUCUUGUCCCAUUAUGUCAAAAAGCUUAAACACAAGGAAGUGAGCGUUGAAACCAAAGUGAGAAGCACCCGAAUUCGCUGUGCUGACUGUGGCUUUUUGGCAGAUGGCCUAAGCGGCCUGAAUGUCCACGUGUCAAUGAAGCACCCAACAAAGGAUAAGCAAUUCCACUGUAUGGUGUGUGGCAAGUCAUUCUACACUGAGAGCAACCUGCAUCAACACCUGGCCAGCUCUUCCCACCUCCGAAAUGAGCAGAACAGCCUCGAUGAACGUGAUGACGGCAGAGCGUGCUUCAAGUGCACAAAAUGCACAGAUCGCUUUGAAACGGAGCAAGAUCUGUUCAUUCACAUCAAGGAGAAACAUGAUGAGCUGCUGAAACAAGUCAACAAGUAUGUGAUCGAGGACACAGAACAGAUUAAUCGUGAGCGGGAGGAGCACCAAGGCAACAAGUGCAAGUACUGUGGCAAGGUGUGCAAGAGCAGCAACUCCAUGGCCUUCCUGGCACACAUUCGCACACACACUGGAUCGAAACCCUUUCUUUGUAAGAUCUGCCACUUUGCAACGGCUCAGCUGGGAGAUGCCAGAAACCACGUGAAAAGGCAUCUUGGCAUGAGAGAGUACAGAUGUGACGUCUGUGGAUGGGCCUUUGUGAUGAAGAAACACCUCAGCACCCACCUACUUGGAAAACAUGGAAUUGGCCAACGUAAGGAGAGGAAGUUCGAGUGCAAAUUGUGCGAGCGCUCCUUUAGUGAAAAAUGGGCCCUGAACAACCACCUGAAACUGCACAGUGGGGAGAAACCAUAUAAGUGUUCCUGGCCAUCCUGUCACUAUGCCUUCCUCAACCUGUCAGCCAUGAAGGACCAUUAUCGCACACACACUGGUGAAAAGAGUUUCCUGUGUGACCUGUGUGGUUUUGCUGGAGGCACACGGCAUGCUCUCACUAAGCACAGACGCCAGCACACAGGAGAGAGACCCUUCAAAUGUAAACUUUGCAACUUCGCUUCGACCACGCAGUCCCACCUGUCAAGACACAAUCGUGUUCACACUGGAGAGAAACCAUACCGUUGCCCCUGGUGCGACUACAGAUCCAACUGUGCUGAGAACAUUCGGAAGCACAUCCUCCACACAGGAAAACAUGAGGGAGUGAAGAUGUAUAACUGUCCAAAAUGUGACUAUGGCACCAACUCUCCCAUAGAGUUCCGCAACCACCUAAAGGACACCCACUGUGAUAUUGAGAAUCCAGACCUUGCUUACCUACAUGCAGGUAUCGUGUCCAAGUCUUUUGAGUGCCGCCUUAAAGGCCAGGGGGCUUCUUUUGUGGAGACAGAGGUUGUGGACUCCUCUGUGGACAGGAAGCUCAGCAAUGAAGGAGAUGUCCAGCAGGUCAUCAUCAUCCAAGGCUACAGUGAUGAAGAGGUGGCCGUCGACCAGACCCUGGAGGAGUCUGCCGCUGCCACACUGCAGACUCUGGCCAUGGCGGGCCAGAUGGCAGAGGUCCUCCACAUCACAGAAGACGGACAAGUUAUCGCCUCAGGUAGGGAGGUGGCGUCUGCAGGGGCCCAGCUCGCCAGGGGGAGCACCCGGUAUGUGGUGCUGUCAACAGGGGAGGCUGCCAAUGAGCUACAGGCCACAGCCCGAGGCGCCUCUGAAGCCACGGGAAGAAGUCACAUCGUGUCAGAGUCGUCCACGGCUCUGGAUGCCCUCCUCAGCGCUGUGAGCAAGAUGGACCACCAGGAGAAAAUGCUCGGAGAGGCAUCUGCCGCUGACGAGGUCGCGCCCCCCGAGACGGCCGAGACCGUGCAGAGUGAAGCGCGGCCGCUGGUCAAACAGGAGGAGGAGGUGCAGGUCAUUAACCAGACCGGUCAGGAGGACAUGCAGAACCUGCUGCAGCUGGCAGCCUCUCGGAUGAUUAAGGAAGGUCUCACCCAGGUCAUCGUCAACGACGAGGGCACUCACUACAUCGUUACCGAGCUGGACAACUGCACCCUACAGGUAGAGGGAGGCGUGUAUGAAGUGGCCGCAGCCGGAGAGCAAGAGGCUGAGGGCCAUCACGAUGACGCCCCUUAAUUCGACGAGUGCUGUUUGUCUUGGCCAGGAAUUUUGUUUUCAUCCUCACCCCUCAACGUAACUCCACAUAGACAGCUAGUAUACAAUGAAGGAAGAGGAUUGUAUUCAAAAAUAAACAGAUGACUAUUUUGGGACCACCCAGACGAAGCUAAAUUAAUGCCAAGCCACGUUCCUGGGAGCUUGUUUUACAUUUAAUAUCACAAACUGUAAAUGCUCAUCAAUAAGGUGUCCCUAUGUAAUCUGCUUUGAAGUGUUGCAGUGGAUGUAUUGUUUUUUCCCCCGCCAUAAGGCUUUGUUUAACAUUACUUGAAGCGCUCCAAUUUUUGUCUUCUAUCCUUUGUAGUUAUUAGCAUAUGAUUAGCUACAAAACACUGUUUUGCAUAGUUUGAAAGCACAUCUUAUAGUUAGUUGGAUUAUGCAUCGCUGAGGCUGUAUUAUGGCUACAUUAUGCAGACGGGUUGAAGGCCAUUUGCUUAUUUGUGAGCUCGGUGUAUUCUAAAUUCAUUUUCAUUUCUAACAAUAAAGAUUGAAGCCAAUUAUAACAAGUGCAUCCAUAGGUUUUCAUUGUUGUCCUGACACUUUAU